AGCAUUUCUGGAAUCUAAGCUCCUCUCACAGAGGGAGGGACAGAGCAGACAGCAGAUGCCAUGGAGUCCCCCUCAACCCCUGCCCACAGAGGGGGUGUCCCCUGGCAAGGGCUCCUGCUGGCCUUCUCACUGUUAACCUUCAGGAGCCCUCCCACCACUGCCCAACUCACUGUUGCAUCGAUCAAUGCUACCGAAGGGAAGGAUGUACUUCUCCUUGUCCUCAAUCUGCCUGAGAAUCUUGUAGGCUAUGCCUGGUACAGAGGGGAAAGUGUGGACAGCAACCAUGGAAUUGCAUCAUAUGUGAUACACACUCAAGAAUUUACCCCCGGGCCUGCACACAGUGGUCGAGAGACCAUAUACCCCAAUGGAUCCCUGCUGUUCCAGAACAUCACCUUGAAGGACACAGGAUACUAUACCAUACAAGCCAUUAAAAAAACUUUUCAGAAUGAAGAAGCAAAGGGACACCUCCAUGUAUAUGAGCCCGUGCAGAAGCCUUCCAUCCGAGCCAGGAACACCGCCGUCAUAGAACAUAAGGACACCGUGGUGCUGACCUGCCUCACAAAUGACACUGGGAUCUGCACUCGGUGGUUCUUCAGGGACCAGAGUCUCCUGCUCACAGAGAGAAUGAAGUUGUCCCGGGACAACAGCACCCUAAUCAUAGAGCCUGUCAGGAGGGAGGAUGCUGGGGGUUAUCAGUGUGAGGUCUCCAACCCCGUCAGUGCCAGCAAAAGUGACCCCUUCAGGUUGGGCGUACAAUAUGUUUCAACAUCACCAAGUCCUGGCAUCUCAGGUGGGGCCAUUGCCGGCAUCAUGAUUGGGGUCCUGGCGGUGGUAGCUCUGACAGCAGCCCUGGUGUACUUUCUGUAUAUCAGGAAGACUGGAGGGGCAAACAAACAGAGCAAUCUCACAGAAUACAAACCCUCAGCCUCCAACCACAGUAAGUAAAGCCACUGCUCAGUUCACUCUGACAACUCACCUUACAAGAUCCAUGAAUUUGAAAAAUCUUCCCUUGACUUCAACGCCCAAGAAUUAAAGAAACCACCUUCAGCCUCCCCAUUCCCAACAGCCACAGAAACGAUUUCUUCAAAAGUGAAAAAAGAAGUAAUACAACCUGCCCUGCUCACUGCACUACUGGCUUAUUCCAAGCCUCUCAUCCCCAUAACCGGGAGAUCCCUUUACCCUCAGGGAAAGAGAGAAGUCUCUUUUCCCCAUCCUCAUUUCACACUCUGAGACAACUCAAGGCUCCUGGUCACAGCCCCUCCCUUCAUUGUCUACAUAUGAAAAGGCACAUCCAGGUUCUAUAACAAGCCCAACCUACCUUGUCAUUGAAAUUUGGCUCUUUAACAUGUACUACAAUCAACAAAGCCUAAGAUGGUUCUUUCAAAAGUGA